AUGGCCCAACAAGUCAAAACUCCCCUCUGCGACCUCCUGAGCAUCCGGCAUCCUGUCCUCCUCGCGGGCAUGGCGCGCACUUCGGGAGGCCCUCUCGCCGCCGCAGUCUCCAAUGCCGGAGGUCUCGGCACCGUCGGCGGACUCGGCUACACCCCCUCCCAGCUCGACGAGAUGCUCACAGAGCUCAAGUCUUACCUGGACAGCCCCAAUCUCCCAUUCGGCGUCGACCUCGCCCUUCCACAGGUCGGCAACGGCGCGCGCGCGACAAACCACGACUACACACAUGGCAAGCUCGACGAGCUCAUCGAGGUCACCAUCAAGCACGGCGCCAAACUCUUCGUCUCUGCCGUCGGCGUGCCGCCCGCCCGCACCAUCAAGAGACUCCACGAAGCGGGCAUCCUGGUCAUGAACAUGGUCGGCGCGCCCCGCCACGCCGAGAAGGCCAUGCAGGCCGGUGUCGACAUCAUCUGUGCACAGGGCGGUGAGGGAGGUGGCCACACCGGCGACAUCCCUUUCUCCGUUCUCAUCCCUGCCGUGGUGGAUGCGACGCGCAAGUAUCGCUCUCCCCUGACCGGUCAGCCCCCUCUCGUCGUUGCUGCGGGAGGCGUCAACGACGGCAGGAGUCUCGCCAGUGCGCUCAUGCUGGGUGCCUCUGGCGUGUGGGUGGGCACGCGCUUCGUCGCCUCUGUAGAGAGUGGUGCCAGCCGCAUGCACAAGGAAGCCGUCGUGAACGCUGGAUUCAACGAGACUAUCCGCAGCCUGGUCGUCUCCGGGCGGCCACUCCGGCUCCUGCCAAAUGACUAUAUCAAAGAGUGGGAGAGUAAGCCCGAGGAGAUCAAGCGGUUGACGGAGAGCGGCGUGGUGCCCUUCGUGAAAGACAUGCAGGACGGCAAGGAUGUGGAUCUACCUUUCUUGAUGGGCCAUGUUUCCGCUCUGGUGAAGGAGAUUAAGCCUGCCAGGGAGAUCGUGGAAAGUAUGGUCGCGGAGGCAGCACAGAUGUUGAGGUUGGGCAAUACGUAUCUGGUUUCAGGGAGCAAGCUGUGA